AUGAUGAACGUAGAAGUGACAGCAGCCGGCGAUUGGUUUCACGGAAUGGUGUACGCGUCCGUUUUGGCGUUCUGGAAAUGGGGGCCUCGGUUCGACAUGAUCAUCCUGGACGACUGCCCGAGUCCAGCUCCUCUGCUGAAGCUGCUAUUUCGAACCAAGAUCUUUUUCUACUGUCAUUUCCCCUAUCAGCUGCUCAUCCCGUUGCGGUCCGUGCGUGAGGUCCUCAUCUUCAUCGAGAUGUACCUCAUCGAGGGAUGGUGCAUGAAGUUCUGCGACUUCAUCGCCGUCAACAGCAAAUUUACAAGAUGCAAAGUGCAGCACUUUCUCCCGUCUUUGUCGAAGCGCAAUUGUUCUAUUCUGUACCCGACGAUUUCUGCUGACCUUGAUGCAUGUGACCGGCGUUCAGCAGUAGACAUCGUGCCAAACAACAAGGUCAUGUUUCUGUCACUGAACAGGUACUGGCCCGGAAAGAAGAUCGAAGUGGCCAUUCAAGCUCUGAGUAUACUGAAGCAGAAGUUGCAGCGACUACAAUGGAUGAAUAUCGAACUGGUGGUGGCGGGCAGCGUCGAGCACCGCCUGUCGUACUGCGCCAACUACUCUAAAUAUCUGAAGAGGCUUAGUCAGAGUCUCGGUGUAUCUGAGAAUGUCAAGUUUUUGGAGAACAUCUCGAGAGCUAAGAAGGCGACGCUACUCGCCGGCUGUCGAGCGCUUCUGUACACUGCCCCGUUUGAGCACUUCGGCAUUGGACCCUUGGAGGCUAUGCAUUUCGGCAAACCGGUGAUCGCCGUCGACGGCUGCGGCAUCAACGAAACGGUGCUGCCGAAUCAGACCGGAGUGCUGGUUCCGUUCUCACCGUCCGCUUUUGCCGACGCCAUGGCAAGCAUAAUCGCCGAUGACCGCCUGAACAAAGUUUGUGCUGCCCGCGGCAGGGACUGGGUGAAUCAAAACUUUGGGAGGGACGCAUUCGACAAGAGACUGAUGAGGUUACUGGACUUAUCAAGCUGA